AUCAAAUACGUGUUUUGAUUGUAUUCAGUUGCUGUCAUCCAUCGCAAUCGUAUUACCACAAAGUGUUUUUGCAAUCUGUAAAAGCGAGUGUAAUCAUUAGUUUUUGUCUGAGUUUUUCGCUUAUCACUGAACAAUUUUAAAUACGAAAUACAUCAUGAGCUAUCAGGACGAAGAAGGCUACCAGGUUGGAUCGUUUCCUAAAGAUUUCGGAUACGGAAAUUUUGAUCCAGAAGACACCUCAGGAUCGGGAGAUGACAAGCCUCGAAUUUUACUUAUGGGACUAAGACGCUCUGGAAAAAGCUCAAUUCAGAAGGUUGUCUUCCACAAAAUGUCCCCGAACGAAACAUUGUUCUUGGAAUCAACAAACAAAAUUGUUAAGGAUGACAUCAACAACAGCAGUUUUGUGCAGUUUCAAAUCUGGGACUUUCCUGGUCAAAUAGAUUUCUUUGAUCCUACUUUUGAUUCUGACAUGAUUUUUGGAGGAUGUGGUGCAUUAGUUUUUGUAAUCGAUGCACAAGAUGAUUAUAUUGAAGCCCUCGCAAAGUUGAAUCAAACUGUUACCAAAGCCUACAAAGUUAAUCCAAGAAUCAAGUUUGAGGUUUUCAUCCAUAAGGUAGAUGGAGUAAGCGAUGAUUUCAAAAUGGAAUCCCAAAGAGACAUUCACUCGAGGGCUACCGACGAUUUGGCGGACGCCGGACUAGAAGGAGUCCAUCUAAGCUUCCACCUUACGUCCAUAUAUGACCACUCAAUAUUUGAAGCUUUUUCUAAAGUAGUUCAAAAGUUGAUUCCCCAGCUACCUACGUUGGAAAAUUUACUGAAUAUUUUCAUUUCGAACUCUGGAAUUGAAAAAGCGUUCUUGUUUGAUGUUGUUUCAAAGAUAUAUAUUGCAACUGAUUGCUCCCCGGUUGAUAUGCAAAGCUACGAACUUUGUUGUGAUAUGAUUGACGUUGUUAUUGACCUAUCGUGUAUUUACGGCUCCAAAGAUGAUCCCGACGUCCCUGCGUUUGACAAUCAAAGUUCUAGCCUCAUCAAAAUGAAUAACUGCACAGUGCUGUACCUUCGCGAAGUGAACAAAUUUUUGGCACUUGUAUGCAUCAUCAGGGAAGAAAAUUUUUCUCGACAAGGAGUUAUAGAUUACAACUUUCUUUGUUUCCGAGAGGCCAUUUCGCAAGUGUUUGAGCUUAGAUUAAAAAAUCAAAAAAUGGAAGCAAUUGAUCCAGAUGCGGAAGACGGCUCAUCAGUUAUACUGAAUGACAGCGUUCAGGAUUUAGAAUCAAAUCAACAGCUGACCAGUGCUUAACAGAUGUUAUGAAUAAUUUUAAUUUUGACAACAUAUUGCCUUAAAUAACAUGUGUUUUGAAUACAUUUUGUAAAAAUAUUGAUUUAGUGCCAAAUAAAACCGUUGAGUACAUGAUA